AUGGGAAACCACACUACCAAUGCUGUUCUGCCAGAAAGAAAGACCAGGUUCCCUGUUAAAGGAUUGGAACCAGAAUCAGGUUAUUGUGGGUCAGUGAGCUUUGACAACAGACUCUCCACCACGCAGACUAAUGUGCAGCUAUGUCGAGCACUCUGUGAAAACAAAAGCCGUGAACAUUUGAUUUUCAGAGAUCUCCAGCAAGUUAUCUAUGAGCUGUCAUAUCAUGUCAUAAGGGGAACUCUAAAGCAUGAACAAGCAUCAAAUGUUCUCAGUGACAUUAUCGACUAUCGUGAGGAUAUGCCCUCCAUCCUAGCUGAUGUAUUCUGCAUCUUAGAUAUUGAGACAAGUUGUUUAGAAGAAAAAAGCAAGAGAGACCAUUUUACACAGUUGGUGUUAUCCUGUUUGUAUUUAGUUUCAGACACAAUCCUAAAGGAGCGUUUGGAUCCGGAUACAUUGGAAUCUUUAGGGCUUAUUAAGCAGUCACAACAAUUCAAUCAAAAAUCUGUUAAAAUCAAGACAAAACUUUUUUAUAAGCAGCAAAAGUUCAAUCUCUUAAGAGAAGAGAAUGAAGGUUAUGCAAAACUGAUUGCAGAAUUGGGGCAGGAUUUGUCUGGAAAUAUCACUAGCGACUUAAUCUUAGAAAAUAUCAAAUCUUUAAUAGGAUGCUUUAAUUUGGACCCAAACAGAGUUCUGGAUAUCAUUUUAGAGGUCUAUGAAUGCAGACCAGAAUAUGAUGAAUUUUUUGUACCUUUAAUAGAAUCCUAUAUGUGUAUGUGUGAACCUCAAACACUAUGUCAUAUUCUAGGGUUCAAAUUCAAGUUUUAUCAGGAACCAAAUGGAGAGACGCCAGCAUCUUUAUAUCGCGUCGCAGCAAUACUUUUGCAGUAUGAUCUUAUUGAUUUAGAUGAUCUUUAUGUUCACCUUCUUCCAGUGGAUAAUACUAUUCUUGAUGAGCACAAACAAGAAAUUGUGGAAGCCAAGCAAAUUGUUAGAAAACUUACCAUGGUUGUCUUGUCCUCUGAAAAGAUGGACGAGAGAGACAAAGAAAAGGAAAAAGAAGAGGAGAAAACAGAUAAGCCACCUGACAACCAGAAACUUGGUUUAUUGGAAGCUUUGUUAAAGAUUAGUGAUUGGCAACAUGCACAGAGCAUUAUGGAUCAGAUGCCCCCAUUCUAUGCUUCUGCACACAGGCCAAUAGCCAUUGCUCUUUGUCAGCUUAUCCAUGUAACUGUUGACCCCCUCUACCGAAGAGUUGGAGUACCUAAAGGUGCUAAAGGAUCAAUUGUUGCUCUGUUACAAAACAAGCGAGCGCCAAAACAGGCAGAGAGUUUUGAAGAUAUGAGAAAAGAAGUAUUCAAUAUGCUCUGUCAUCUUGGUCCUCACCUUUCUCAUGACCCCAUUUUGUUUGCAAAAGUGGUGCGCUUAGGGAAAGCAUUUAUGAAAGAGUUUCAGGCUGAUGGAAACAAACCAGAAGAAAAAGAGAGAAUGGAAACUUUGCUUAGCUGCUUGCUGAGUAUUACUGACCAGGUGCUACUUCCUUCUCUUUCUUUGAUGGAUUGCAAUGCUUGUAUGUCUGAAGAACUAUGGGGAAUGUUUAAGUCAUUUCCAUAUCAAUACAGGUAUCGUCUGUAUGGUCAGUGGAAGAAUGAAACUUAUAACAGUCACCCACUUUUGGUAAAAGUUAAAGCUCAAACAAUAGACAGAGCGAAAUAUAUAAUGAAGUCUCUCAUAGAUGUUAGUAACAAGAUUAUGUAUGUUAAUCCUUGGAUAGAGAAAUUGCGAUUGACAAAGGAAAAUGUGAAGCCUUCUGGAAGACAAAUUGGGAAACUGAGUCACAGCAAUCCGACCAUUUUGUUUGAUUACAUUUUAUCCCAAAUACAAAAGUAUGAUAACUUAAUAACACCAGUAGUUGAUUCAUUGAAAUACCUCACUUCAUUGAACUAUGAUGUCUUGGCCUAUUGCAUCAUUGAAGCUUUGGCUAAUCCAGAGAAGGAAAGAAUGAAACAUGAUGACACCACCAUCUCAAGCUGGCUUCAAAGCUUAGCAAGUUUUUGUGGUGCAGUUUUUCGUAAAUAUCCAAUUGAGCUUGCUGGUCUUCUUCAGUAUGUGGCUAAUCAGCUAAAAGCAGGAAAAAGCUUUGACCUACUUAUUUUGAAAGAGGUGGUACAAAAAAUGGCAGGAAUUGAAAUUACUGAAGAAAUAACAAUGGAGCAGCUAGAGGCCAUGACUGGUGGGGAACAACUUAAAGCUGAGGGUGGCUAUUUCGGACAGAUCAGAAACACUAAAAAAUCCUCUCAGAGGUUAAAGGAUGCGUUAUUGGACCAUGAUCUUGCCCUUCCUCUAUGCUUGCUUAUGGCUCAGCAGAGAAAUGGUGUAAUCUUUCAGGAAGGAGGAGAGAAACACUUAAAGCUUGUGGGAAAAUUAUAUGACCAGUGUCAUGAUACCCUGGUACAGUUUGGUGGCUUUUUAGCAUCUAAUCUAAGUACAGAGGAUUAUAUAAAGAGAGUGCCUUCAAUUGAUGUGCUUUGUAAUGAGUUCCACACACCUCAUGAUGCAGCAUUUUUCCUGUCUAGGCCUAUGUAUGCACACCAUAUCUCAUCAAAGUAUGAUGAGCUUAAAAAAGCUGAGAAGGGAAGUAAGCAGCAACAUAAAGUUCAUAAAUAUAUUACAUCGUGUGAGAUAGUGAUGGGUCCAGUCCAUGAGGCAGUGGUCUCUUUGCAUUUGCCAAAAGUGUGGGAUGACAUCAGCCCCCAGUUCUAUGCCACGUUUUGGUCAUUGACAAUGUAUGACCUUGCAGUUCCACGUAACAGCUAUGAAAGAGAAGUAAAUAAGCUGAAAAUCCAGAUGAAAGCAGUUGAUGACAAUCAGGAAAUGCCUCCAAAUAAAAAGAAAAAGGAGAAGGAACGCUGUACUGCCCUUCAGGACAAACUUCUGGAAGAGGAGAAGAAGCAGAUAGAACACGUCCAGAGAGUUUUGCAGAGACUAAAACUGGAAAAAGAUAACUGGCUUUUAGCAAAAUCUACAAAAAAUGAGACCAUCACAAAAUUUCUACAACUGUGUAUAUUUCCUCGCUGCAUUUUUUCAGCAAUUGAUGCUGUUUAUUGCGCUCGUUUUGUAGAGUUGGUACAUCAGCAGAAGACACUUAAUUUUUCCACACUUUUGUGUUAUGAUCGAGUUUUCUCUGAUAUAAUUUAUACAGUAGCAAGCUGUACUGAAAAUGAAGGUAGCCGCUAUGGAAGAUUUCUCUGCUGCAUGUUAGAAACUGUGACUAGGUGGCAUAGUGAUAGAGCAAUAUAUGAAAAGGAAUGUGGUAACUAUCCAGGUUUCCUUACCAUUUUGCGGGCAACUGGAUUUGAUGGUGGAAACAAAGCUGAUCAGUUAGACUACGAGAAUUUUCGACAUGUUGUACACAAGUGGCAUUAUAAGCUAACAAAGGCAUCAGUGCAUUGCCUUGAAACGGGUGAAUAUACUCAUAUCAGGAACAUUCUCAUUGUGCUGACCAAAAUACUUCCUUGGUAUCCUAAAGUUUUGAACCUGGGCCAGGCUUUGGAACGAAGAGUGCAUAAAAUCUGUCAAGAAGAGAAAGAGAAGAGACCUGACCUAUAUGCAUUGGCUAUGGGCUAUUCUGGGCAGUUGAAAAGUAGAAAGCCAUACAUGAUACCUGAAAAUGAAUUCCACCACAAAGAUCCUCCCCCAAGGAAUGCUGUUGCUGCCACUGUACAAAAUGGGCCCGGUGGUGUUGGCCUAUCUACAUCACUCACAAUAAAUGCAGCUAAAUUGGAAGAAAGCACUACUGAGGAGACUGAUAAAGUAAAGGAGAAGUCUCAGGGUGCUGUGAAAGUUGCUAAUAAAGCUGCCAGUGCAACCCCUAAAGUGACCACAAGUAAUGGAAACAGUGCUUCUAAUAGCAAAGUUACUAAAGAAAAUGACAAAGAGAAAAGUGGGAAAGAAAAAGACAGAGACAAAAAAGAAAAGACUCCAGCUGCCACUCCAGAGGCCAAGGCACUUGGUAAAGAUGGCAAAGAAAAACCAAAGGAAGAGCGGGCAAACAAAGAUGAUAAAGCAAAAGAGAUCAAGGAAAAAACACCCAAAUCUGACAAGGAGAAGGAAAAAUUCAAGAAGGAUGAAAAAUCUUCUAAAGAUGAAAAAUUCAAGACACUUGGUACCAACACUGAGUCAAAGUCAGCUGUAGAAAAGGAAAGAGACAAGGAACCGUCCAGAGAGAAAGAUGUAGCGAAGGAAACGAAAUCCAAGGAAAAUAUUAAAGGAGGAGAAAAGACACCAGUUGCUGGGUCCUUGAAGUCACCUGUUCCCCGCUCAGAAACAUCAGAGUCUGAAAGGGAACAAAAACGCCGCAAACUUGAUACCCACUCUUCUCCAUCACAUUCCUCAACAGUAAAGGACAACCUCAGCGAGCUCAAGGAGUCAUCAGCAAAGCACUACAUUAAUCACACUACUCCAAUACUGUCCAAGAGUAAGGAGAGAGAAAUGGAAAAGAAAGAUUUGGACAAGUUAAGGGAAAGAUCCAGAGAGAGAGAGAAGAAAGAGGACAAGGACAGGAAAGAGCGGAAAAGGGAUCAUUCAAACAAUGACCGUGAAGCAUCCCAGGACUCCACCAAGAGGCGUAAAGAGGAAAAUGGAACAACUGGCGCUUCCAAACAUAGUAAAAGUGAAAGUCCAUCAGAUUCUCCUCGUUCAAAUGAGAAGGAAAAAAACAAAUCUAAGUCAUCAGGCAAAGAAAAAGGCAACGAUGCCAUUAAAAUGGACAAAGUGGAGAAAAGCUCUUCUGGUAGCAAAAAGGAUUCUCGACAUGAUAAGGAAAAAACAGAGAAAAAAGAGAAACGGGACAGUACAGGAGGAAAGGAGGAGAAGAAGCAAUAUCCUGUGAAAUGGAAAGAUUGUCAUCUUUGACCAGAAAUGUCUUUUCCUAAGUAGAUGGCACAGAAAUUUGUGAACAAAGAGGACCCAUCUACAUCUCCUUAAAUUAUUCAGUUUUCUGCUUUAUUUCCCCAUGCUGAAAGCCUAAAAAUUGUUGAGUUGUGCAUUUCUGUAUUUUAACUUGUUGCUUAGGUUCUUACACAUUUAUUUUCAGUACAUGGCUGAAAGUGUUACUUAUUCCCUCUUUUUUUUUAGCACAAUGUGCUGCAAACAAACAGUUGCCAUGGAGCAAAUGAGGAGGUUACAUGUGUACUAGAAUUUCAGUUUAGAUUGUCUGGGUUAUACUGCCUGGGUUUAGUCAUUCUGUCAAUUUUCAAUGCAUUCUUUUUAUUGUUGGAAACAAAAUAAACAGCUGUUUAACCAUUUUGAAGUUACCUCAUUGAAAACUCCGUUUUUAUUUAUUAUUAUUUGGCCUGUUUUUAAUAUCAAUGACUAAAAAACAAGCUGGGAGCGCUAUUUCAUGCAGUCCAUAGGAAUUUUAUUAUGUUUAUUUUGUGUACAACAUUAAGACUUGUUUUUAAAAAGAAAAGUAGUUCAAUUGUCACUUGCCCCAUAAUCUUCUUUUGUCCAUAAUGUUUUUAGAUAAAUUGGUAAAAAAAAUUCCUUAAAAAACCAAAAUGAAUUAAGUUUCAUUCAGUUCUACAGCUACAGGAGCUUUUUAUCACUAAACUCUAGUCCAAAACGUUUCAUAAUGACAUUAAAAUUUUUUUUUUAAUCUACUGAAUUCUACCAGUGUAACCUUUUUUUCUAA